GGAAAAUGACAGAGCAUGUCCAUCAUAUGGACGCCUCAAAUGUUGUCGUUUUACUACAGCGAUAAAAGUAUGUGUAUUACAGUAGUAGCUUUCGUGUAGUGUAAUCGAUAUAUUUCUCCUAUGCGUUUCACAUCAUAUGAAUAGCUUGAAUACGGCUAUUAUCCGCAAAGGAUAGUUUCACUUUAAGACGCAGUUGAAUCAAUGAGAUUCUACGGAAGUGGGGGAAGCGUGUGAUACUGUAAGAUUGUUUAUUGGCGUAUUUAGCCGUUUCUUUGUUUUGGUUUUGGAGCUGUUAACAUACCUAUUUGGAUGUACACCAGUUAUACAGUAAGCCGAAUUUUAUUGAGAGAUAUUUAGAGGAAUGUCUGUUGGGUUACUUUCUGGGCGUCAAGCUGUUCUUUUGUUUUCCCUGUCAGAGUUUGUUCAGUAAUGUUAAGUACAUUUUAAAUAACACAUUAAGUGUUUUAUUGGUAUGACAGUAAAUAUAUUUUAGACAGAUUCAUCGUAAGUUAAGAAACAAUGACACAACAUUCAUUACCUUUUUGUCGAUUUACCAUCCCAUACCGACGUAAACGAGAAACGCUGUGUUAUUGUGCUGUUGUUAUGGUUAUACUUUGACAAACACGACUUGUUCAACAGAUAUGUAUCAUUGCUGAAAGGUUAUUUGAAUACGCUGAUAGAAUAAUUAAUUGUGUACAAAACUAAUAUUAACAUAAAAUUAAAAUUAAUUAUCAUUUUAAAAUAACUUUACAAGUUAGAUUUGACUUCAUUUUGGAGUCAGGGGGUCCAGGCCAUAAUAAAGGGGCCCCAAAAUCCCCCAUAGCCAGUAACAUUUUAAAGUGAUGGCUGCUAGAGCCUGUUGCACUGAGAUUCAACAGCGUCGCGUGGAGCUGGUGGAGAACUACAGCAUACACUUGACACGUCUUCUGGACGUGUUGUUUAAUGUGGGGGCAUUGACCGAAGAGGACCUCAGUCUCAUAAGGGGCUCGUCUGUUAGAGGCGAGCGGGACUGUAUGAGAGUUCUGCUGGAUGUGCUGAUUGGCAGAGGAGAAGAAUCAUGCAGGGCGUUUCUCUACAUACUACCAAGUGUUCAAGAUGAGACCUUACAAAUAGGGCAGAUCAGCAGACAAGAACAUCUCAAAAAGCACAAGGAAAUCUUAUCAAGGGAGCACAGCCUGGUGGACUACCUCAGCAUCAGGAGACACACUUUAGGGCAGGAUGAGGCCGGGCGCUUGACUGAUAUCACCUUCUCAAGACAGGCUGGUUAUGCAUCAUCUUCUCAAUGCCGACAUGAAUCAACCGGAGUUGGAGACGCGUUCAGGACAUGUGCAGAUGAGAUCUGCGUUUUCAGGGAUGUUUACGGAAGUCUGCUGUCCAGUCAAUCAAGUGGUGUGAACAUGUUGUCAGGAGUUGCUGGAAGUGGAAAAACCACGGUUGUAAGACGCUUGGUGCGAGAGUGGGCUGCAGAAACCACUUCACCCAAAAUUGUCUUACCUUUGUCCUUUCGUGAGUUAAACCUCAUAACUCAAGAGCAGAGUUUGCAGGACCUGCUCUCGGAUCACUACAUCCACCUGAAACCUUUUCUGCAUGACUUUCUCAACUCAAAACCAACCCAGUUUUUACUCAUCCUAGAUGGUCUGGAUGAGUUCUGCUACCCUCUUAAUUUCGAGCACACUCCCAAAUGCUCAGAUCCGGAGCGGGUGAUGCCUAUACAAUCCAUUGUGGUCAAUUUAAUCAAGGGAAAUCUGCUUCCAGGCAUGUCCGUUUUCCUCACCUCAAGGCCUCAUGCGGUCUCCAAAGUUCCUCCGGUGCUGGUCAGCCAGUAUUACAGCCUGUUAGGUUUCUCUGUAGUUCAGCAGAAGCAGUACUUUGAGAAGAACUGCAGUUCUCCGGAGGCUGCUGCUGCAGUUUGGGCCUCAGUGUCCUCCCAUAAACCUCUUCUCCUCAUGUGCCACAUUCCCGCAUUCUGUUGGAUUGUGUCCACUGCCUUGCAUGAUGGUGGCUCCUGCCUUUAUCCUGAUCCUGUAAAUGCCAAGUCAGGAGAUCAAGAAGGCCUUGAUAAAGCUGACCUACAGGUACCUUCUGAAGUGAGCUCCAAACCUGUCACAAUCACUGAGAUCUACUGCUGCUUUGUUAAAUCCAUCAUGCUGUUCCAUGCCCAAGGGCGAAGCGAGGGCUCCCAUCACACCAGGCUUCAGCAUGCUUCUCAUGUCCUGGCUGAAAUGCAGCCAGUACUCAAAAGUCUAGGGGCGAUGGCCUUCAAAGGCCUCCUGGAGAGACGAUUCAUCUUUGAAAGCUCCGAUAUAAACUCUUUUAAUCUGGAUAGCACCAAACUCUCACAGGUGUUCCUCUUUGAGAUCCUUAAAGAGGAUAGAGCAUCCCUCACCUUAGAAAAGGGCUUUCAUUUCCUCCACACCAGUGUGCAGGAGUUUCUGGCUGCCUUGUACUAUGUUCUACAGUCACUCUCAGGGUCUGAUGCAUUUUCAGGCCUCAAACCAAGAACAGGCCGAUAUCUUCAGUCUGCGCUUAAACAAAUGGGAUCAGCUGUCAACAAAUUCAGCAGGCCGCGGCGUCUCUUCUGCAGACGUAUUAAGAAGGCACUUCGCUGUGGGGAACAACAUCAGUCUGGACACAUGGAUCUUUUCUGCAGAUUUGUUUGUGGCCUGCUGGUUCCCAGGACACGUCGGAUUCUAAAUGGAUUUUUCCCUGAUGAGCCCAAAAUGCAUCUGCUCCGUUGCGAGCCCUCUCCAGACCUGACUCCUCCUUUCCUGCUCCAUCUGUUACACUCUCAGCUCCAGAGCUCCACCCUGUGCCCGGAGAGGCAGGUCAAUGUUUGUCAUUGUCUGUACGAGGCCCAGGACCCAGGUCUGUCACAGCGCCUACAGGGUUGGAUGAAAGUUCUUUCACAGCAGGCCUCAGAUCAGUCUAGUUCAGUAAAUAGGGACUGGAGUGAGCUGGCUUUCCUCUUACAGCUCAGCCCAGACCUGCAGGUUUUACAUUUGGACGCUCAAGGACUUGAUGCUGAUGGAAUACGCAGACUCUUACCAGUCCUUCCUCUUUUUUCAACACUGAGUUUAGGUCAGAAUCCUCUUGGUUCAGAGGGAGCAGCUGUGUUGUCCCUAGUUCUGAGAAGCCCAGACUGUUGUAUUGAGAGGCUGUGGGUGGUUGCGACAGGGCUUGGUUGCGAAGGCCUGAGGAUCCUUGCAGAGGCUCUGAAAGAAAAUCGUACCGUGACUGACCUCAGAAUGGCCAUCAAUAAAAUUGGAGAUGCUGGAGCGGGUUAUCUUGCAGACUUACUGAGGACAAACCGCACGCUGACAGAUAUCAGACUUCGUGACAAUCUAGUAACAGAUAAAGGAGCCGAAAUUCUCAUGUCUGCGCUCAAAGAGAACACUACCUUAAAGUAUCUGUGGCUGUUUGACAACAAGUUUACAAAAGAUGGCGUCAGGAAACUGAAAGAAUUUGCAAAGACCAGACCCAACCUGGACAUUAAAGUGUGCAUCUGACGCUUAUCCAACAAACUGAAAUAUCUCUAAAAGGAAAGUCUCAAAUGGUUUAUCAAAAUUUCCUUCAGUAAUAAUAUUUUGCUCUGAUAUGUUAUUUUUAACACACUGUUUCUUCCUUGUAUAUGUUCAUAUGCCUUUCUGUGACAAUUUCUGAAUUUCAUUGAGAUUUUCAGACCCUCUCAUCUUAUUUUAUCAUCAUCUCUACAUCACAAUUAGUAAUACAGUGAAGUAUGAAUACCUGGUUUUACUGCACAACAUGUCCCAUAACUGUAAUGUUAACCACAAGUGCUUACACUACACGCAGUCCAGUCAAAUGUGUUUUUGGUCAACAGUGGAGCUCAAAAUAUUUAGACUCCAUUUAAUUCUUCCAGCUUGCACCCUAAACAAUGCUGGGUUCCACACAAUUCCUUCAUGUUGUCCCAACACAAAUUGAUUCGGUUAACUUAAUUGUUUUUACAAAUUUAAGUUGAUUGAACAUAAAACAAUUAAGUUAUCCCAAAAAAAAGCUCAAGAAUUGUGUUGACAGCUUAACAAUAUUGUGUUGAUUGAAUUAACAAUAACACAUCUUAAAGGGAUAGUUCACUCAAAAAUGUACAUUUACUCGCCCUCAAGUGGUUUCAGACCUUUAUCAGUUUCUUUCUUCUGUUGAACACAGCAGAAAAUAGUCUGAAGGGAUCUGACAACCACUAACUAUUGAAUUUCAUAGUAGUAAAAAAAACAAAUACAGGUUUCCAGCUUUCUCCAAAAUAACUUCUUUUGUGUUUGAUAGAAGAAACAAGUAAAUCAUAGGUCUCAAACUCGAUUCUUGGAGGGCCGUAGCUCUGCACAGUUUAUGCUCCAACCCUAAUCAAACACAGAUGAUCCAACUAAUCAAGGUGUUCAAGACUACUAUGGUGUGAAUUAGAGGUGGUUAAAGCUAAACUCCAAGAAUUGAGUUUGAGAUCACUGAAGUAAAUGAUAAGUAAUGUUGCCAGAAUGUUUACUUUUGGGUGAACUAUCCCUUAAAUAUUAAACUAUGCCAGAUGUAAACAGGGUUUUUAGAUUUAUAGACAGUUCAUUCUCUAGACACUGAAUUGUAUUCAUAUUGCGAGAGAACUCUUUUUUAUUAGCUGACCUUUUUAGCAAAAACCUCCUAAUGUGUAUAAAAUGAUGCUCUCAAAAGACCUAAAUAGGUGUCUUACCCUUUAACUUGCACUCUAGGAAAACUAAAUUUGGCCAUUUUCUUCGGUUAAAUUGUGUUCCUGAAACCACUCUAAGCAAAUACUGAGCUUUUUUUUCAAUGAUAUCCAAUGCACAGGCCUGUUUAAGGGUUAAUACACUCAAGUUUAUCUUGUACUUUAUUAUAAAUUAUUAUCUUCUCUUUUUUAGCAUCUCAGAUUAGUGCCAAUGGUUUAUUGCUCAUUUUUGUGGGUGUUUAUAUAU